GUUAGACUUAGGGUUUACUUCUACCUGACAAUAACCACUCUUACAAACUCCUUCACCGUUUAUGACCUUAAUUAGUACUCUGCCUACGUGCAAGUACUAAAGAACGGAAUCAAAGUUAGAAGACUCGAAAUGGCAAGUGUAACUGGACCGGAAUUAUAUUUACACAAAGAGAUAUGCAAUUUGAUAAGAAAUAAAAAGUACACACUUAUCUGGAGGUGAGACGGUUGUCGGCUCGUAGAGUGUACUAGGUGAAAGUACAGCGAGAGAGCGAGACAGUAACCGUACAGGAGGAACCGGAGUACAAAGCGGAAGUGGAAGUUGCAUUCAUUCAAACAAAAGUUCAAAGGUAGUGAUUUGGAUUUGUCAUCAUGAUCGACAUAUGGAUGAAUAUUCAAAUACGUACUACAACUUGUUUGCCUUUCGGAUUCAGUUAAUUAUAUCGCGUGUUGGGUUUGAUUACGCUGCGAUUUUUAUAUAUUCCGCGGUGUCGCCGUGAUUAUGGGAAGUAUGCAUAUGCUUUAAAUGCAUUACUUUGUUGGCUACAAUUUCCACUGAGUGUAUACAACGGGAACUGUGGAUUUAUGUAUUUCCUCAUCACUGUGGAUAAAAUAUCGCCGCAUUCCUUUUGGAAAGAAGGCCAGUUGGUGGAUUAUAAAUGAGGUCCAAGUAACUUAUAUUCUUCCAUGUGAUGUUGUGGUAAACGAAACCGAAAGUCACUGGAUACACUGGAGGAACGCAAAUCUAGUGGAAGUGCAAAGUAGGCACUUGUAUUUUCCUUCUUCUUUAUCUAGUAUGCUAUGCAGCUAUUAUUUAAACAGUAUCAGGCCUGUACAGAUGGAUCCAGAUAAAUUUCCCGGUUUCUAUGUCUUUCAAGAAUCUGCGUUCGGAAAUAUCAUUCUACCAGGGAUUCCAAGGAGUGAAACAAAUAAAUGAUGAUAUGUGUGAUAAUUGUGAACAAUAAAUUGUAUUCUAAACAUUAUUGAGUCGAAAAUAACUGUCAUUGCCGUAUAGAUGAAUGAAUCACGUUUUUUCAGCACAUGGCAU